UGUGAUGUUAUAAUACCCAGGGAUUUUCUGCCAGGCAUGCUCUGUAUGCUCCCUUCCUCCCUCCAUCCAUUCCUAUCUGAGGUCUGAGGAGAGGUUGCCUGUUAUUGUCCUGUAUCCUGGAGCUUGCUCAGCUCUGCUUCCUGGAGGAUCUACUGUUAGCUGAUGGUGACAUGGCUCUGACUUUGGGCUGGAUGGAGUGUUAGUCACACACUCAUCAAUACACACACACGUUGGAAUAUAUGUGCGGUUGGAAGAGACGGCAGCACGGACGUGGCAGCAUUUGUACAUGUGGCUGACCAGUCGGGCUUUCUGCAAAUCGGCCCAUUCCAGCCAAGCCCCAGCAUGUUGUAGGCGGCUGCUCCCGACAAGAAGACUGGAGUGGAGAAAGCAACAAAGAAGAGAAGAGAAGAGAAGAAAGUGAGGGAAGGGAUGGUGAAAAAGGUCAACAUGACCCCAGUGGACCAGCUGGACCAGCAGUGAGCCCCAUCCAGCUGGAAGAGCCUUCAACUAUACACUCCUAUCUGCAGCACUGUGAUUUGGAUAUGAAUGGGAAAGUGAAUGCUACUGCUGAGAAGAUCACAGACUCCAAAAGUGCCAAUAUGGUGUCAGACCUGUCCCCAGAAGCCCAGCCUUACACCAGGACGUCUCGUACUCCCAGAAGUACUCCUAGAACGGGAGCUUCGUUUGGGAAGCGCUCAAACUCUAUGCGCAGGAAUCCCAAAGCAGAGAUCAGCAAACAGGGAUGGCUGUGCAAGCAGGCCAGCAGUGGAGUGAAGCAGUGGAACAAGAGGUGGUUUGUCCUCACUGACAGAUGUCUCUUCUACUACAAAGAUGAAAACGAGGACACGGUGUUAGGGAGUUUGCCGCUGCUUAGUUUCCGAAUCAGAGGAGUGGAGCCUUCGGAUAACAUCACCCGCAAGUUUGCCUUUAAGGUGAGGUUGGAGAAGGAGGAGGGUGAGGAAGGAGAGUUGAAGGGUCCUGUUGUGUUUUGCAUGCAGGCAGAGCACGCUGGGACCAGGACAUACUACUUCAGCGCAGACAGCCAUGAGGAACAGGAAGAGUGGAUUAGAGCCAUGAGCGAGGCUGCAGAGGUCCACAAUCAGCCACCACAGAGAAUAAACAACACAGCGGAUCUCAACCACAUGAUGGUGACCAGGGCACCAAACCCACAAACGCAACAGCAUUCAAACACACAAACACACAAUGAAACUGACAGUGACCUUCAGCCCCAAACUAAGACCAACGGGGUCAACAGCCUUGAGACACCUCCACUCUCCACCCCCUGCUCCGAUCAGGAGGGGACAAAGAAUGACGGAGGACGAGGAGAAGGUGGAGGAGAAGGUGAAGAUGAAGGGGGAGGUCCCCAUCCAAAUGGUUGGGGCAACCACGGCCCUCGCACCACCAGCAAACCCCCUUCAUCUAGGAGUCACAGUGGACAUUGUGUCCCUCAAGGACACCCAGAGGGGAGUGUCAGCCAAUCACAUGACCCCAGGGAACUGCAGGAUAACGCGAUGCUGAAGAGGGGCUUUGUGCCCAGGACGGUUCCAGAGAGGGUGGCCCAGAGGAAGAGCUCCAUGGCCCAGCUGCAGCAGUGGGUCAACCAGCGUCGGGGCAUGGCCUCCCAGGAGGACAUCAACAGCCCAUCUCGUUACUACCCAGUUAACCAGGGGAUCCCGGGUGACUGCUAUGGCUACCCUAGUAGCCCCCAGUAUGUGGAGGAGUGCCCUCUGUACCCGCCAGGCCUCCGACCUGAUAGUAUCUGCUCUGUCUCUGCUGUGGGGGGAUACGACCGACGCUGGACUGUCGAGGAGAAGCGGCACUCGCUGAGGGACGGACCCCAUCAGCUGUAUGGACCCCCAAUGCCCAGGGACCAAUGGGGGCCACCGUACUUUGGUGGAAUGGAAAAAUCCAUGAGACGUCUGUCCAUCCAGCCGCGCUCCAGGUCUGUGCCCAGGUCACCGUCCUCGUCGUCCGGGGGGCCCUACUCACCGGUGCAACACAACUUUGCCUCGCCGGCUCGAUCGCCGUCCGCACGCUUUGACCGGUUUCCAGGGAGGAUGAGGGACGACGUGAUCUACGCUGAUCCAUCCGUCUACAGCCUGAGGAGAUCCCUGAGCUCACCCAAGUAUGACUACCCUGGAGACAGGAGGUCCUUAAGCCAAGGAUUUUUCCACUACAACUAUCCUGUAUCCCCUUCCAUCCACAAUAAAAUGGUGCCUCCUUUCCAUGACGUGUACAGCAGAGAGUUACAUCCUACACUGAAGCUCAAUGAGAUUGAAACCAGUAAACUCUUGGGUCGACUGUGUGAGCAGAACCGAAUUUUGAAAGACCACGAGGCUGUUGUCCACAGACUGAGAAUGGAUAAGGACAGCCUAGAGGAAGCGCUGGUGGCAACUCAUCAGGAGAUGGAGCUGUACCAUAACCAGCCUUUGGCCAUAGAAAAGCUGCGGUUCAAAAAGGAAACCCUGCAGAACCAACUCAUCAACAUCAGAGGAGAACUCUCCCAGGCCUCCAGUGCUUUAACCACCACUCGUAUGGAGUUUGAAGCAUUAGAGGAUGAGGCCAAUGCCAUUCACGGAGAUCUUUGGGAGCAGCUUAACGCAGGAGGGCAGAGUGAACUGGUUCGUAGGCACAUCCAAAAAGAGUUUUGGAGAGUCCAGGAUGUGUUAGAGGGACUGCACAAGAAUAACUCAUCCAGAGGCACUGACACAGCCAAGCACAGAGUGGCCGGCGGUAUAUCAGGCUCCUUUAGCACCAAUAGUCCAGCCAGUCCCCUGAGCUCAGUAAGCAUCACCAGCCCACUCAGCCCCUUCUCCCCAGUGCCCGGCUCCCAGGCCUCCCCCACCAAACACAUUGGCCCGGAGGCCAAGUUUGGAGGACAGAACAAUAUCAGUGACAUGCAUGACCAGGUCCAGGACAGACAAUCCACCAUGAAUAAAGUUGGCAUUGUUCCUCCUAGAACCAAGUCCCCCACCGCCGAAUCACACAGCAGCUCUGCUGGAGUGUGCUGGAGAGUGCAUAAUGGAAUCUCCAGGGAGCGUCCAAAGAGCGCUGUGUUUAAUGCAGAGCUGAAAUCGAAAAUGAGUGUGGAGGAGCAGAAUGAGCGAAUCCGACGCAACCAGAGCAGCUCUGUAAGGGACAAGAGGAGGAGUCUGAACCUGUCAGGUGGCCAGUCUCCAGCCAACUACAAAGUGAUUCGUAGGCGUCUGACAGCACACGAGAUUGACAUUAAUGACUUGGAGGCAGCAGUUCGUGGCCAGGGGCAGGAGUCACCUCGGGAUGAAAUAGCUCGCCUGAGACGGUUAAAGGUACAACCAGAACCCUACAAACUGUACAUCAGCAAAGAGCUGUUAACUCCUGACAAGGUUUUCAUCCCGGAGCGCUACCUGGAUGUGGAGGAUAACACUCCUCUUAGCCCAGAGGAACAGAAGGAGAAGCAGAAGAAACUGGAGCGGAUCAAGACCCUCAUUGCCAAAUCAAAUUUGCAGAACAUGGUUCCUCUCCUGGAUGGCCCAGUGGAGGGUGGAGCUCCAGUCAGCUCCCAGCAGCAGUUGCAGGAGCAGGAGAAGCGUAUUGAGAUCUCCUGUGCUCUGGCUGCUGAGGCCUCUCGUCGCAGCCGCCUUCUCUCUGCACAGUGCGCCCCCAGUACCCCCAUCUCCCCGACCAGCCUGGCCCCUCCCCCUUCCUCUGCUGACUUCCCCAACUCCGCCCACAUCAUGAAGGCAUGAGUCAUAGAAGCUCAAGCCCUGGCUGCUGUCAAGUUUGAUGGAGCAUCUUUCUGAGGAUUCACUGGACAAACUGAACAAUGAAGAUGGCCCCGGAGAAAUUACUUUUAUUUUUGUUAGCACCUACAACAAAAGCACGGAAAGCUAUCUAAGGAGGUUCCUUGAAGGCAAGAGCAAAUUUAAAACCAAGGAAGGAAGCUAUAAAGACUUGUAAGCUCACCCCCCACAGACUCCAGUUCAUCAACUCACGACGGUCUCCUACUGCUUGCCCUCUGGGACUAAGGAAGGCUCCAGAUCUCUUGCCAGCUUCAAGGUGUGAAAUAUUUCUAUAUCACUUUGCUCAGGACAUAUUCUACAAAGUAGAGAUUACUGAUGAACUAUGUUGAUGAUGAGAUAUUUUACACUCAAAAUGACAAAAUGUCAGUAAACUGAGGUUCAGUGUUGAUCAGUUGACAAGGGAACACUGGGAUGAGGCCAGAUGAAUGUCAUUGAGCUUGACUAGUAGACAAAAGUCUCGCAUAAACCUACAGAGAGGCUUUGAACACGCUUCUGGACACUAAAAACCAGAAGGAUGUUCUUCAUCAUCUAAUGUCCAUAUCAAUGUCAUACAAACACCAUAACUUGUGACCCAGUGAGGAGUGGUACUCAGUGACAGACAUAUUCUGACACUUAGACAACUGAAAUAAAAGUGAAGCCUCUUAUCCUUUGUAAAAAGCUGACAAACUCACUGUGAUGCCUGUUUUACCAAGACCUCGACCCCCUACACUACACCCAUCAUAUAAACCAUGUCUGCUGGCAAUUACACUCAUGUGCAACCAUUAGCAUUGCCGUCUUUCACACCAAACAUGCAAGAGCACACAGUUUGUUGCGAGGCAGAGCCGAAGAUGAACAGCAUCACAAAAAGCAUGACCCAUCUUACAAAGCUGCUUAUGACGACACAUCGUCUUACAUUAGAUUCAGAGUAUGGCAUACGUGAAACACAAUACAAUUUUCUAACCUGAUAUCCUCACCCUCUUGACUCCUGUACUUGUAGGAGUGUAAAGUCCCCAAUAUACUGCAUUGGGUGUACGCAGAUGUGGUCCAGUCGGCAUGCUUGUAGGCACAUAUAGUCUGCGUGGUCAUACAUUUUGGACGACGGUCUGUGUGGAUCGUGCCAGACGUGCAGUUGAUGAAAUGUAUAUCACACAGACCUUACACAGAAAGUUUAAUUCAGGCUGAACCCACAGCUCGGCCUCGCUCAGCUGCUCUUCAUUAGAAAUAAUGACCUUGCUCUGUUCUGUAUUGACUUUACUUUCUUGUGUGGAAGCCAGUCACAUUAUAAAGAUAAUAUCCUUAACUUAUUUUAGUUGAAUUAUGGUUGUUUUGUCUCAUCUGCAUGGUGGAGUUUGUUAGACAAUAAGACAGACACAUUUACUGUGUAUGCUUUAUAAUAAAGAGCAUAACACCAGCAUUGGAUUAUAUACUUAUGUAUACCAUGUGUAUUUCAACUUUUACAAUAACUGUUUCAAAGUCACAGCUGGCUCUGACACAAUCGUUUGUCAUAGAUGUAAAGAAGUAUCUGCCUGAGGCAGCAACAGAGCCUGAAAGGAGAGAGAGAACUUGCUCAAAGACAAGGUUUAAUAUGAGUCCAGAAGCUUUUUCCUUAUAGAACAUUUUUUAAUUCUGUCAUCUGGUGGUUAGACAAGGAAAACAGAUUACUAGUAGGAAAUGUGAUGAGUACCAGGGACAAGGCAAAGACUUACACAGCCAUCCACCACACUGACCUCCACACCAUCACUGUUCUAUUUGUACCUCACGCUUCUGAACUGUUUUGGCACAGAGUGUUGGCAUCCAGCAGAUAUCUCUAAACCGGAGCAGAUGCAUAUGGAUGUAAGUCAUCCUAAAGGGGCACAAUCAUCCAACCAUCAACCACUGUGCGCAGCUUCCACAUGUUGUCAAAUUCCUUUGUGUUUAGCAUCAAUUUCAGUGGACCUUAUCAUAGUUCUCAAGAAAUUCCCCAUUGACUGUCUACAGAUAUAUAGGUAAAGUAUGUUGGAUAGAAAUGGUACAACGUAUGUGGAACGUGAAAAUAGAAGUGACCUUAGAGGAGUAACUCUGUUAGAAAAGCACUUGUGUGUGUGAAGAUGAGUUAGCUAAUGAUGCAGUCCUCUGAGAGGAAUUAUAUGCUGACAAACAAUGUCAUGUAGCAUAUCACAACAACAUUUAAUCCAGUCAUGCAGUGCCAUAAAUCUGAAACCUGUUGCUGUUUUAUAUAUUGUGAUGAACGGACAUAUGACACGACCAACGCGUUUAAAUCUGGAGGAAAUAUAAUGCUUAGAAAUUUCUACACAGUGGCUUUAAGUGGAACUCCAAUAAAAAUGUCCAAUAAUAAAUAAUUCAAUAGUACAUUUUUAAUUUGUUUUAUUUAACUAUAAAUUAAAUAUAUUGAUUUUUAGAAUUUUGUUUUGAAUUCACAAAAAUGCUUAAAUUAACCAAAUAUUGUGAAAUAACUGAAAUAAGUACAACAAUUCAACUCAUUAUUAUAAUAUGUUAUGUAAUCAUUAUAAUCAUAUAUAUUUUUUAUAAAAACAUUGUUUUUAGAGUUUAUUUCUAUUUAAUUAUGGUACAUUUUAUUUUAAAAGACAAUUUGACAAAAGUUAUUUUUUAGUCAAUCAUUGCAUUCACUAAUUACAUAUUUAUUCCAUGACAUUUGUGUGUUUUAAGCCACUGAUUAAACUGAUUAAUUGAUUGACUGGGUGGGGAGUGGUGACUAAUAUGUCUGCUGGUAGUUUAGAACAGACUGACUGUCGCGCUCAAAGGUCCAAACAUUUUCUGAAAACUUCUAUCUUCAAAUGAUACAACUCCCUAGAUUCGGCCAUGCCUCUUCAUUGCAACUUCCUCCAGAUUUGAAGGCCUUGACCACGCACACUCACACACAAACACACACACACACCUCCCCUUUUUAUGUGUAUGUUAUUUAUGCUUUGUUUGCCCUUACACACUUCAAGGUUCAAGUAACCUGCCUUUGUAGAAAGCUAUUGCUAUUGUUAUUGUACUCAGAGUCAGAGACAAUAUGGCAAAGAAAAUGGAGUUUUACGCUGAAAGCAUUAAAAUUACUACGCAAAAACAAAACAAGGAUUUAAGAGAAUACUUCUAUUUUUUCUUGUUUUAUGUUUUUUUUAGAAAGGGAAUACGUUGAAAAGAGGCAGUUCAUAUUUUUUUAGAUGCAUGGAUAUUCAAUGACAAGUUGACAGGUUAAAUUUUUACACUCAAUUACGUUUUACAUUUUUCACAAAAAAAUACUUUUUUAUUUUAUUGCUCUGGAGGAUUGUUUGAAGAAACAGAACAUAGAUAUUUUUGGAUUAAUUGGAAUUUGAGUUUGUGUUAAGAAAUGACAGCCAAAAGAUGGUGUCCAAUAUUUGAUACAAGAUGUAGCAUUUGUGGAUGAUGAAAAUAAAGAAUAUACAUGAUAAUAUACAUUGUUCAAUGUAUAUAAUAUUUUUGAUUUCAGUUACAGUAUAUCCUACUAUCACAUGUAACCAUUGCUAUUUUGAGGGAAAAUAGACACACUGCUUGAACUAUGCAAAUGAUUUAAAAAAAAUAGACUAAUAAUACGCUUGCUUUCAGAAAACAUUGCAAUAAAGUGAAUGUAUACAAAUAAUGUGUUUCUCUAGAUGCUUCUGAAUUUAUCACAGUAUUUUGUAUGAUAAAAAAUGUCUCGCUGCCUGGAAUGAUGAUGUAUUUACUGCUCCAAUUUUAAUCCACUUGUUGAUGAUGAAGUUCACUGCCAAAAAGACUACUGAGGUUAAUUGUCCAGCCCGCUUGUUACCAAUAGGCUCCCUGAUGAUAUUCUACAGUCUUUGUUAUAUCAAACUGUAUGUCUGAAUGAAUAAAGUGCAAAAACAAA